CUGACACUGACAGUUCAAGCCGCGUGUUUGUGCGAAAAUUGCGUAUGAUAAUAUUUUCCCCGGUUGUUUUUGAAUAUUUUCUAAUUUUGAACAAAAAGUACACAAAAUGAGUGGUGACGGUAGUGACACUGAACAAUUUGAUACUUUAUUUCUAUCUGUAGCUCAAUAUCAUCCACAGGGACCAACACAGCUCCUGGAUACAUUUGUGAGUUUUUUGAGUAGAAAAACAGACUUUUUCAUUGGCGCCAAGGAAGGAGAAUGGGAAAAGUUAGUGAUGGACACAUUCAGAAAAUAUGAAAAGUCGAGCAGGGCAAAACACGAGGAAGAACUAAAAGAAAAGCGAGAACAAGAAGCUCGAAAAAAAGCAGCUGCUGCCAAAAAGGCAGAAGCAGAAACUGUCAAGCCUGCUCAAAUCACCGAAUUGACUGAUGAAGAAGCUGAAAGGCUUCAGGCUGAGAUUAAUGCUAAGAAAAACACUUCUGAUAAAGCUGAAAGUUCUUCAAAUGGUCCAGAAGCUGCAACCACAGCUAAAAAAGUAGGAGAAGACGAGGAUGAAUCUGAAAAAGGCAAGAUACUGCCCAACUCGGGAAAUGGAUGUGAUCUAGAGAAGUACAAGUGGACGCAAACCUUAGGAGAUAUUGAGUUAAAAAUUCCCCUCAAUGUAAACUUCAGGGUAAAACAGAAAGAUCUCGUAGUAAAUAUGACGAAGAAACACUUGACGUGUGGUAUCAAAGGUCAACCACCUAUCAUAGACGACGAUUUUCCACACGAGAUCAAAUUGGAAGAGUCUUCUUGGGUGAUCGAAGAUGGAAAAGAUCUAUUAUUUACUUUUGAAAAGAUAAAUAAAAUGAAUUGGUGGAGCCAAAUAGUCAAAUCCGAUCCAGAAAUCAGCACAAAGAAGAUCAAUCCCGAACCAUCCAAACUUAGCGAUCUCGACGGAGAGACCCGUGGAAUGGUGGAGAAGAUGAUGUACGACCAGCGCCAAAAAGAAAUGGGCCUACCUACGAGCGACGAACAAAAGAAACAAGACGUUAUUAACAAGUUCAUGCAACAACACCCCGAGAUGGAUUUCUCACAAUGCAAAUUUAACUAGACGAUUAGACAAUUUUUUAAGUUCGUUUUUGCUCUUGUGUAUAUGAAUAUAAUUUUUUUGUAAACUAUUCUAUUUGGUGCUUUAGUAUAGCAACUCUUUCUGGGGUCUUAUUAAGGCUGAUAUUUCAUGCUGCAGCUUUACAAUAUUCUCCUCUAUACAGGGUGUAACAAAAAUACAGGUCAUAAAUUAAAUCACAUAUUCUGGGACCAAAAAUAGUUCGAUUGAACCUAACUUACCUUAGUACAAAUAUGCACACAAAAAAAGUUACAGCCCUUUGAAGUUACACGAUAAAAAUCGAUUUUUUCCGAUAUAUCGAAAAAUAUUGGAGAUUUUUUAUUGAAAAUAGACACGUGGCAUUCUUAUGGCAGGAACAUUUUAAAAAUAAAUUAUAGUUAAAUUUGUGCACCCCAUAAAAAUUUUAUGGGGGUUUUGUUCCCUUAAACCCCCCCAAACUUUUUUGUACGUUCCAAUUAAAUUAUUAUUGUGGUACCCUUAGUUAAACACAAUGUUUUUAAAACUUUUUUGCCUCUUAAUAUUUUUUCGAUAAACCGGUUUUAAUCGAGAUGCGGCUUCUUUUUUAAUAUGUUAACAUAAAAAUUGUAUGGGGGUUCUGUGCCUUUAAACCCUCCAAAUGUUUGUGUUCGUUCCAAUUAAACUAUUAUUGCGGUACCAAUAGUUAAACAGGAUGUUUUUAAAACUUUUUUGCCUCUUAUUAUUUUUCCGAUGAGGCACCUUUAUCGAGAUCUGGCUUCUUCUCUAAUAUGGUUCAAAAUAUACUUUAAACUGUAAUUUAUAAAAAAAAAUUCAUAUUAUUACCACGUCUCUACAAUCGUACGUAACAGUAUACAAAUAUAUGGUGGAUUUGACAAAUAUUCAAAAUAUCUCGAUAAAAACUAGCUUCUCCAAAAAGUACUAAGAGGCAAAAAAGUUUUAAAAACAGUGUGUUUAACUAAUGGUACCACAAUAAUAAUUUAAUUGGAACGUACAAAAAAGUUUGGGGGGGUUUAAGGGAACAAAACCCCAUAAUAUUUUUAUGGGGUACACAGAUUUAACUCUAAUUUAUUUUUAAAAUGUUCCUACCAUGGCAUAAUAAUGCCACGUGUCCAUUUUCAUUAAAAAAUCUCUAAUAGUUUUCGAUAUAUCGGAAAAAAUCGAUUUUUAUCUUGUAACUUCAAAGGGCUGUAACUUUUUUUGUAUGCUCAUUUGGACUAAGGUAAGUUAUGUUCAAUCGAACUGUUUUUGGUCCCAGAAUAUGUGAUUUAAUUUAUGACCUGUAUUUUUGUUACACCCUGUAUACUGCGCUUACCUACCACAAUAUUUUUGUAAUUUGUCAGUUAGAUAACAAAAACCAGAUCGUAUAGCUUUUUUUUUUAUUUUAUUUUUGUAUUUUUUAUUUUCCAAUUCUGAGCUUAAUGUUUUUGGCUAUAUUUUCUAACUAUCCUUGCCAUUUGUAAACAUGGGCGUCAUCUGUUGUAAAAUUAUGCGAAAUUAGAUGUUUUCUGUUUUACCAGAUGUUGCUGCCAUCUAUUGACAAAAUUGGUGCUAUCAUAUUCAUCCAUCUUUAGUCCACAAAAAUUAGCUUUUUAUUUAGGUGGUUAUUGUUAUUUACUUUAUUCCUAAAAAUUAUAUUUGUAUGACACAGAGAGCCACUUAUCACUUGUAUUAUUUUUAAUUUUCUGUAUCUGCUUUUUAAUAAAAAAUUACACCGUUAUUAAA